CUAAUAUUCAAAUUUGAAAUUCCAAAAGAAUUAUUUACGAAUAGUCCUUUUAAUAUUCGUUUUUAUCGAUCAUGUAAACUAUAAGAGAGGAAUAUAGAGAAAGAUUAGCAAAUAAUUGAGAUAAAUAUGAGUGAAAAUUCACCUAGAACGAAAAAGAAACAUAGAAAUGACGGCAAAAAAAAGUCUGAUUCAAUAAAACGGAAACCAAGGGAGAAGGUCAAGAGUUUUAGGGAUGUUUGUUUGCAAUCUAUGAGUUUAGAGUCGGUUAAGGGCAGAAAGAAAAUGGUUAGACCUCCAUCUAUAGGAUUACGUCUAUCUAAUAAUAAAAAAACCAAAGCAUCAGUAAAAGAAAAGAGUAAAGAGAUCGUUCAUUCAACUGUUCUAAUACCUCAAAGAGAUUAUAGGAAAGUAAUUAAGGCAGACGUUAAUAGUAUCAAGAGGUGGUCUAGAGAGAAUAAAUUACCACAUAUGUUGUCAAAUCAACUAGAGUUACUUCAUAAACAAAUUAUUGCUUUCCGUCACAUUCAAAUGAGCAAUUACCUCUCCACCCGGAACUCACCAACAACUCUUCCGGAAGAACAGAAAAACCAACAUCAAAAUCAUAGGAAAUUAAGUAAUGCUAAAAGUGGCAAAGAUUGCUUAGAUCCUUGCAUGAUAAAACAGAUAGAAGGAGUAAAGAACUUAUCGAAAUGUAUACAAAUUCCAGAGAAUCCUAACAAGCGUUUACAAUCGCCUGAAGUAACGUAUAAGAAGUGUCCGUGGGUCGAUGAACAUCAUUACUCAGCAUUGAUGAAAAAUGGGAACGAAUCAUCAAUUACGAGUAAAUUUCUAAGAAAUUACACGAGAAAUGAGCAACUCCACGUUAGACAAGAUGAUUACGCAAUAAAUCAUAAUGAAUUCUUUGAACAGAAUAAUAAAGCUGCCAGAAAAUCGGAUUUACAAGAUGACAGUUGCUGUCAUGAAUCAGGCAAGCUCAAAAAUUAUACAAAUACUCGUAUACAUCAAAGCUAUGAAGAAGAGAGGGAAAAAUAUCCCUGCUGUUGCUUCACGAUAGAAUCCACCAAUAAACUUAGAAAUGAAAAUAUAUUGGCUGAUAGUAGUUCAAAUCCCAUAGUUCUUGCAGAGGAUAAUCGCGGGGCUCAAUUUACGUUAUCCAAUGAUAUGGGGGAAAACAAAUCUAAUUUUGGUGGAAGUGGAAUAAAAGAAUUCCUUUGUAGAAUCAAUUAUCCGUCAGUGAAGGACUCAAGUAACAGAUGUUCCUUUAUUUCUGAUUGCAAUUAUAGUCUUCGAUCAAGAGUUCAUACGGUAGAGAAUCGUCCCUCCUUAAACGAAACAAACUUGGAUAGCAUUAAACAUAACAUAGAUGGAAGAGUACACUUAAUAGCCGAUAAGAAAAAAUCCAUAAUGAAAAAUGAAUAUCAUUCGGAUUUAGCCAAAGCCUAUAUGAAUUUAUCUUUAGGCUCCCCCCCGGUAUCCGAGGAAAGGCCAGAAUAUAUUCAACAUCUAAAUAGUUCUCCAUCAAUAAAUAUUCAAGAAAAAUCCUCUAAACAUACAACUACCAUUGAUUCUUCUCCUCAGAGGGAUGUGCAACAGGUUAUCAAAGAUUUCGAGAAUAAGAGAAAUUCAAAUAACAAUUCACAGCCUGAUCAAACGAAUCUUACCUGUGGCGAUUGUUACAAUAACUUUUAUGAUUUUAAUCAAGACCCGGCCAAACGUUAUACUACUCUAAUUCCGCGUAAAAGUGAAUUAAUAUAUAAUGAGUGCUCCUCGGAAUUUGCAAGUUUUGAGAAGGUGUUCCGUCCCCCUGAAAUAUCAAAGAGUGCUCCAGAUCCUAGGGGAUUAGCCAUUGGAUGUUUUCACUGUUCGGAUGAUAUGCGUUGCUUAAAAGCAGAUAUUCAUCCAUCACCAAAUAGCGGUUACCUACUUACAUCGGUUGAAAGGAAUAUUCAUCUCAGCGAUAAAGAUAGUUGCGAAACACUUAAAAACAGCGAUAUGAAUAAAGAUCUAUUUGAAAAGUCUGCGGAUCAAAUCGUUAAGUUUAACAAAGAAACUAAUAUAAACAUUUUAGGAUGUAGUCAUGGAAUAUCUGAGAAAAUACGGGAUUUACAAAGGAAAUUGUAUGAAACUGGUAAUUUCCCACCUCCUUGUCAAACUUUGACUUAG